GAUUAGAAAUGGUAGAUCCGGGUUAUUUUUGGACAAAGCAGAGAUGGAAGCAACAUUUAGAUGGAUUAGAAAAGAAACCUGAGAACUUGAGAAUGCUAAAUGAUCUCGAUGUUGGUGAUUCACGUGAUGCAGCUGAUCCAAAUCCGAUGGGAACAGUUGGAGCUGUUGCGGUUGAUAUAAAUGGGAUCAUUUCGACGGCCACAUCUACAGGUGGAUUUAAUAAUAAAAAAGAUGGUCGUAUCGGUGAUUCACCGUUAAUAGCGUGUGGAACUUGGGCUGAUAAUGAAACAUGUGGUGUCAGUGGUACUGGAAACGGCGAGUUUUUCAUUCGUUAUAGUGUUGCUUAUGAUGUGGCAGCGCGAAUGAAAUAUCUUGAGGAAAGUGUGCAAGAUGCGGCUUCGUACGUUAUUAAAAAUUUAGAAAAAGUUGGUGGCUCUGGCGGACUCAUCGCAUUGGACAAAUAUGGAAAUUUUGCUAUGCCUUUCAAUACCGAUGGAAUGUUUAGAGGAUAUAUUCGCGUUUCUGAAGCUGUUCCGUAUGCUUAUAUAUUCAAUGAUGAAUGA